AUGUCUUCGAUUGAUGUGAGUGAUGAGCGUAAGGUCAAGAAAAGGAUCCUCAACAGCUCCAUUGAGGACAAACGGCUUCAUUGGUCUAGACUUCACCGUUUCAAGACAACCCAUAGGCUGUAUAUAUACCUUAUGGGUUCUCUUGCCAUUCUUCAGCUCAUUGCGAUAGCAUUUUUCUCCAAAGGUUUCCUUCUCACUCGGAGUGUUCUGGAGAAUGUGGCCACUGAGGCUCACGUCGAACCAAAAUUCGACAAGUGCGUUAUUUUGAUUAUAGAUGCUCUGAGGUUUGAUUUCACAAUCCCCGUUGAUCCUCACGAAGUCGGUUAUAACCCAAAUCAUCAUAACAACCUUGAAGUAUUCAACACUCAUCGUGAUAGCGACUCGUCGCUUCUUCUCAAAUUCAUUGCCGAUCCCCCCACCACAACUUUGCAACGACUAAAGGGACUCGCCACAGGGUCCCUACCCACAUUUAUAGACGCAGGUUCGAAUUUCGACGGCUCAGUGAUAGACGAGGACAACUUCAUCAAACAAAUGUUCCUCAGAAACAAGACGAUUUAUUUUGCCGGCGAUGACACAUGGGAUGCGCUAUUCAACCCAUUUCUCUCGCCGCUCAGCAAGCCAUUCGAGUCCUUAAACGUCUGGGACUUGGAUACUGUUGACAACGGCGUGAUGAACUAUUUUGAGGAACACUUGUUCAAUCAAAACUCGAGCUCGGGUGAUUGGGAUAUUUUGAUCGGCCAUAUGUUAGGCAUUGACCAUGUUGGCCACAAGUACGGUCCAAAUCAUUUCACAAUGAAAGAGAAGCAAGUACAAGCCAAUGAAUUUAUAGAGAAAAUUCGCAACCAAAUUGAUGAAGACACUUUGCUUCUUGUUAUGAGUGAUCAUGGUAUGGAUCACACAGGUAAUCACGGAGGCGACUCAAAGUCAGAGCUGGAGGCGGCUCUUUGGUUGUACUCAAAAAAGCCAAACAUGUGGAAUCAUCUGUCACCAAGUCAUUACAAUACAAGUUUUUUGGGUGAGAAUUAUCGAGAUGUGAACCAGAUAGAUUUGGUCUCAACAUUAUCCUUACUCUUGGGGUUGCCGAUUUCCUUCAAUAAUCUAGGCUGGCCCAUUGAAGAGAUCGCCACUACUGCAGAGGAAGCGAAGCUUUUUCAUGAGAUAACAUUGAACCAAAUAAAGAGGUACAAGGAAGUCAGUCAAGUGAUUACAAACCUAGAUAAAGAAGAACAUUUACAAGAGCUCUGGGCCAAGGCACUUAUCAAUACAUCUGCCGCUUCUGAGUACCAGAGGUACUUUCUGGAGUCGUGCAAAGACCUGUGGGCGAGAUUUGACUAUUGGAGUAUUGGAACCGGUAUGUUUCUACUCGCGUCGUCUUUAGUACUGCUGAUCAUCAUCACUAAAUUGAUACCAUCAAUUGUGAUCGGACAAAUGGUCUCAGAAUUUGUUCCCACCAUCACAAUCAUGACGUUAGUGUCAAACGUAUGUUUUAACGGAAUUUUUCACGUUUUACACCAGCCGUUGUUUCUCGAGAACUGGUUUUGGUGCUCACUAUUUGCGACUGGCGUGGGGAUUAUUGUUGGAUGCUUCCUCACUAUAUUUGAUCGCUAUACCACUGCUUGGAUUUGUCGCAAAUUUGUCGAGGAUUUAUCAGACUAUUGGUCUAGGAUUGCAGCCCUGUUUAUCACACUUCAUGCCGUUCUUUUCACAUCUAACUCCUUCACUAUUUGGGAGGACAAGAUUGUGAGCUUUCUCCUCGCUACCCUAGGCAUGUUGACCCUUUAUGAAUUCGUUUUUCUGCCUAAAAGACGCUUAACCACAGCAUUGCUAGCGGCAGCCAUGGGUGAAAAAAAGACAUCUCUACAAAAAAAGCAGCCUUUGGACACAGAAUCGUCUCCUCUUGGCAAAUUUGCUCGUCUCGUUGGAGGUUAUCAUUCGAUCGUACUGAUCGUAUGCACCAGACUCUCCUCUAUGAUUACUAUAUGCAGGGAAGAGCAAGGCGAAUUCUGCACACCCACUUUCACAACAGCAAACAACUACUCGUAUUGGUGCUUAUUGUUAUGCCUGAUUGUGAUCGCCUUCUUGCCUUCUUGUUUUAAAGGGUAUUAUAAUAUCUGCUCAUCGUACCAAGCAGCAGCUCCAAUUUGGAUCGGUCAAUUUCUUCGCUGGGUGCUACUGACAAACUUCGCAUACUGGACUAUUUGCGCAAUGGAAAAUACCAUCCCAGACUGGUCUUGGGACCUGAAGAUUCUUAAACUCACGAUAUCCAGAAUUGUUGCAGGCUUCUCUCUGAUAGCGGCAAACGUAGGAUGGAUGAUGGGACCAUUAUGCCUCAAACUAAACAUCCAUAACAACGAUGUAAGGUCGCAACAAGCCACAAUUUUGGGAUAUGCGAAUGUAUACGGAUCGCAGUUCUUUCUUUUGGUGAUCAACUUUUUCAUGUGCAUCAUGUUGUUCAACAAGCCACUCGCCCAGAUCUCUUUGUUCCUUAUGUGCAACCAGCUUCUGUCGAUUCUCGAAAUCUUUGACCUCUUGAAACUAAAGGAGAAUCUGAUCGGUCCAGUUAGCAUGGGGUUACUUGCGUACCAACAAUUCUUCUCUACGGGUCAUCAAGCUACAAUACCGGCUGUACAGUGGGAUGUCGGGUUUGUACUUACUGAGCGGAUCACAUUCCCAUUUACGCACCUGGGCAUUGUAAUGAACACAUUUGGGCCACAUAUCAUAGUUGCCCUGUCGGUUGCGCUUCUAACAUUGUGGAGACAACCACCCACAGUUUUGAAGCCUCAAACACUUUUAGCUAGAGUUGUUUCGAAUUGUGGCAUGCUGUUGAUAUACAACACGGUCUUAUGUCUGAGCUCAUUUGUGUGGGUGACACAUUUUAGAAGGCAUUUAAUGGUAUGGAAAAUAUUCUGUCCUCGAUUUAUGCUUGCCAGCUUAAGUUUAAUCGUGCUACAAGUGAUUAUAACCUUGAUUACCAUAGCGUUCGCAAGUGGUAGGCUGAUAAGACAGAUCAACAAUCUUUUUUGGACCUGA